AUGGCCUCCUCCCGCCGGGGAUUAGAGAAGUUGCAGCCUAAUUCUGAAAGGGAUCUGGCAGCGUUUACCGCAGGAGAAGCGCGGAUGACGGCGGAUCCUGCCGCUGCUUCACUUCCUCCACAGCCCGCAGUCAAGCACCGCCAUUGCCUCAGCGGCCUCCCGCGCUCCUUGGGUCCUUCCACGUAA